AUGGGGUCGAGACUUCGUUCCCUAAAGAAACGUUUGGGAAAGACUCAUCUAAGCGAUGGCAAAGGUAUUGGUGGCAAGGGUCGGCUAACUGACAAGGUUAUUGACAAUUUACAAGUGUAUUAUGGUAAAGCAAUCAGAAACAAUACACACAGCAUUGAAGAUAUGGAGAAUGCUGUUUUGGCAAUAUUUCACCAUACCAGAUCUACUGACGCAAAUCCAGACCACAACCUUUGUCCUAAAGGAGAAACUAGUUGGUGCGGAUAUCAGAGAGAUUUGGCCAAGAACACAAAUGAAUACUCGCACAGUCAUCCUCUACCAGAAGCAGUGUCAGAUUCAAUAUUGCCAGUAUUUACAGAUUUGAGCAAGAGUCAGCUACUGUCUUCCUGUCUCCAUGGUGGUACUCAGAAUCAAAACGAAGCCUUCAAUGCUUUGAUUUGGCAGCGUGCCACCAAGGAGACACACUCAAGCCUGCCAACUGUAGAACUGGCAACUUUUCUAGCUGUUGGUAUUUUCAACAAUGGAGCUAAAGCCAUCCUAGAUGUAUUGGAAAACCUAGGGAUCAAACCGGGGUGUCAGACAAAGAAGUGUCUCAAGAAAAUAGACUAUGACCGUCUCCGCCAUUCCACACGAAAGAGCUCUGACAAGCAAAAAAAUAAAAGAAAAAAGAUAAGACAGAGAAAAAAAGGCUAUAUUGACAACCUGUCAGAAAAGGAAGGUACCAAAUAUGAAGCUGGGGCAUUUUGA